ACAAUGGAAAAUUAAUCAGCAUCGAUAAUGGCAUCGAUAACAUAAAGCCAUAUUGAAUAUAAACAAUUAAUAUUUAUGCAUACAAAUAAAAAAUAGCUAGCGAAGGGUGAGCGAACUUCAACAAUGUGACUUGACUUUCCUCUGCAAUAAAGGACUUGAUGGAAUUAACAAAAUGAAGCUUGAUUGAUUGAUUGAAGUCGAUGUACAGAAACUAAAUAUUUAAACAAACCGAUCGAAAUCUAUAUGCCCUACAAUGUCCAACAAAGAGGAAGUGACGGUUACAAAAGCGAAAUCCAGCGUGUUGCAAGAUAGGAAAACAUAUUGGUAUACAGUUGGUGAAAUUAAGAACGCGGCCAUAUGCCCCAGCUGUGGCAGUACCACGGAUAAGUUUAAGAAAAAUAUAACUGCGCACGUUAAGCGCUGCUUUAGCAUUAAGAAGAUCGGACCCAUCUAUCGACUACAUGGAUAUGUCGAAUGUAAAUGCGGAUUUUUAAUUGCCGACAAUACCAAGGCACAGAAACUGCAUGUUUGUAUGGGGGAAGUUCCAGCAUUUGAGCCCGAUUUGUCUUAUAUGAGCAAAACGGCGGCGCCUACAGUUCACCUGAAUCGGGAGCUGUUGAUGCCCAAGCCCUGGAUACGAAAUUUCGUCUCACCAUUUAAGUUAGAUAUAGAAAACAUUCAGGCGAACCCAAAGACGAAGCCGCGUGUAAGAAAUUUCGAGAUGCCAGCCAGCAAUCUGGAGCCGCAGAAUGUCAGUGUUUACUCCAUCAGCUCGAGCAAUGGCACAAUUUUGAUAAAGGGUCAGGACAACCGGAAUGUCCUGACGAUAAGAAAACGAGUAUUGCGAUUACCCCGCAUCAAAGGGUACGCAUGUAGUUAGCAGCGAGUCGUUGUAUAUGUUUCAACAAUUUUGCAGUUUCAUUUGGAAAAUUAACGCAUUAGUUUGUAUAUGUAAUAAAUAAAAAAAUCAUUUAUUAUAGAUGUACUUGUAAAAUUGGUUUACAACUUA